CCUCUAUCGACCGUAAUGUCUACGUUGUACAAUCUCGGUGUGGGUAAUCACUUCUCGCGAGACCUCCCGUCGGUUGCUCGUUCUCCAGACAUGGCAACCCUCGCGCUGAGGUCCUGUCGUAGAGGACUUUCACGCUUUUUAAGCCAUGGAGGCCUCGCUGCUUCGUCUUCCUCACACUUGAAAGGAGAGCGGAGGCAUAAAUCCACAGUCCAGUAUGCCACCAGGCCGGAUCUUCCCAAACUGGCCUACAGGAAGAUUAAGGGCAAGAGUCCAGGGGUGGUCUUCCUGCCGGGCUAUGGAUCUAACAUGAAUGGACAGAAAGCUGAAGCAUUAGAAGAGUUCUGCAAGUCACUAGGACACUCGUGCCUCAGGUUUGACUACACAGGACACGGGGCCUCCGAAGGGGUCCUAACAGAGGGGACCAUUGGCACGUGGAAAAAGGAUGUCCUUUAUAUGCUGGAUGAAUUAGCAGAGGGUCCACAGAUAAUUGUGGGUUCCAGUAUCGGAGGUUGGCUCAUGCUGCUGGCAGCCAUUGCGCGUCCGGAAAAGACUGCUGCCUUGGUGGGAAUCUCCACCGCCGCCGAUCACAUUGUCACGUCGUUCAACUCUCUUCCACUAGAGACCAAGAUGCAGUUUCAGGAGAAGGGCGAGUGGACCAUACCGAGCAAGCACUCCGAGGAUGGCCUCUACAAGUUCAGCAUGGACUUCUUGCGCGAGGCCGAGAACCAUUGCGUGCUGCACAGCCCCCUCCCAAUCACGUGCCCCGUGCGCCUCAUCCACGGCCUGAAGGACGAGGACGUCCCGUGGCACAUCUCAAUGCAGGUGGCCGAUCGCGUGCUAAGCACCGACGUGGAUGUCAUCUUGCGGCGCUACGGGCAGCACCGCAUGUCAGAGAAGGACGACAUCAAGCUCAUGGUCUACACCAUCGACGACCUCAUAGACAAGUUGACGACUAUGGUGUGAUUUUAAGGUACCCCGGGUGGGCGUUUAAAGACUGUUUACUACCAAAAAUGGCACGUUACUUCUGCCAAAAACCUUUUAUUUUCUUUAUCUGGAUCUUUCCGACAUAUUCACAUGCAGACAUAUUCACUUGCAUUUCAGUAUUAGCGGGUCAUUCACUUCUACUGCUGCUCCUUUUACUUCCUUUUUAUUGACACAAGUCUAGAGUUCCUGUGCCUUUUUUUUUUUAAUUACAUUUUACCCUUAUAGGCACAAUAAAACCUAUGCACACUGUCAGUGCGGCUCUCUUACCAUGUAACAAAUGGGAUACCAGUGAGAGAGAUGUUUUUGAUUUUAGCAGACAGAUGGUCAAGUGUGGUUAUAAAAUAUAUUUGAAAAUACUUUACCUGAAUAAUAUUUUGUUUUAAUUGACUCAUUCACUGCCAUGAACAUUUAUAUUCUUCAACGAGUAUCCAAUUGUUUACGGCCAUUAAUAGAGAUUUAGUACAGUUAUGUUUUGUUUUGUUUUUUAAAAGAGGUAGGUUGAAAAAAAUGUCCAGCCCAGAUUUAGGGCUGCUACAACUGAUCAUUAUUACAAUUAGUUGUCGACUACUCGAUCAAUUGCGGCAGCCCUACCUACCCAGCUUGUCUGUGAAAUUCAGGUUUUUAAACCAGUGUAAUGAUUAACACAGCCUCAUAGAUGGUGGCGUCACACCAUUUUGACUCAGCAAGGCUUUUAAGUUGAAGAUAACGAUUCAGGGUUGAAUCUCAACUUUUCACAAUGAUUACAAAAGAGUGAGAUGCCAAUAUAAAAGUCGGACCGGUUGAAGCACUUAACAGGCAAACGGGGUAUGUACAGGAUGUGUGGUUUCACAGUAUUUCCUAGUUUUACAUUUGUAAAUACAUUAUUAUUUUCUCGCUUCACUGUUCGACUUGUUUCUUCUCAUAAAAUAGUGUGUUUGCAACACUUUUUUUUUUGGUCAAAAACUGCUGUUUUUUUUUUUUUUUUUUUUUUUU